AUGACGAUCUGUACUUAUAACGCACGCACGCUUGCAUCGGAAGCGACCAUCGAAGAUCUGAUGAUGCAAGUCAAGAAGAUCAAGUACGACGUCAUCGGACUGACCGAGACGAGACGACGUCACCCUCUCAACGCCGUAUAUGAAACUGGAGAAGAACUGUUCUUAGGAACAUGCGACAGUAGAGGUGUUGGUGGAGUUGGCGUCCUCGUCAACACGAGUAUGGCAAAGAACAUCGACUCUUUUGAACAACUUACGACCCGAAUCGGACGUCUGCGGAUGAGAAGAUGUGGCCCAACACCAGCUUUGACUAUCUUCGUCGUUUACGCUCCAACAUCAAGCUACGAAGAAGAAGUCGAAGCUUUCUAUAUGGACCUGGAGAAGUUCUACCGAGAAGAUCAUGCCUUUUACAAGGUGAUAAUUGGCGAUUUCAACGCCAAGGUUGGCCCAAGAGGAACGCCGGAGGAACUUCACAUCGGGACCCACGGCCUACACUGGAAUGACCAGGGGGAGAGGCUCUCCGAGUUCAUCAUGAUGACUAAGAACAUCCAUGGGAACAAUUCCAGAAGCCCUCCUCUCUACGCUGGACGUGGGAGUCACCCAGUGGAAGGUACCGUAAUGAAAUAG